AUUUGCCUUGAGAAGCGCAAACUCCACCUCGGAUCAAAAAGUAACGCAAGAUGGUACCGUCGUUUUUGGCAUUUGUCGCGGUCAGCAUGACACUCAUCGAUGGUGCCAGCGCGGACGACGCAUGUGCUACCGCGGAUCUCGUCGGAAUCGCGAGUAAUCCUCACGUUGCUGGAUGCUCAAAUGAUGCAGGAUUCAGCAGCAUUUCGACGAUUUUGGAGCUCACCACCGAGCAGAUUCAAGUCAUUUGUGCGAGUUCCGCUUGCACGUCACUCAUGAAGGACAUGACUGCAUUGGGUCUCGGUAACUGCAGACUUCCAGAGACGAAGAUUUAUCUCCAAACAGACAUCAUCGACGCGUUCACAGAGAGAUGUAGUGCAAUUGACUCGUCAUCAAGCAACGACGACACAGUCACCACCGACAACCUCAGAGACAGCAGUUCAAGAACCAGUAGUGCCACGACGGUCGUCAUGGGAUACAUCUCAAUAACAACGUUGGCUCUGGCAGUGUUGCUAGUAUAGCAAACCGGCCAAACACUCACUAUGAACUUCUGUAGCGUAAGUCACCCCGUCAAUGUAAAAAUAAAGAAGCAUUAUUUACAUGAAAAUCCGCGAGCAAACGCCCAUCAACACUGGUAGAAAAGUCAUAGAAGCCGGUUUUUGAAUUGCAUGGUCGUCG